AACAAGUAUGAGCCACUGACACGGUGUCCCUCAAAAGCAAGAGAUAAACAACAGAGGAUUCCAAGGUUGUUGUCACCGCACAGUGGAGAUAGUUUCAUUCACCAUGGCACUUGUUCAACCCUCGGCUUCUCUUUCUCUCUCUUUUCGUGAUGUUUGUGUUUUCGCUCCACCAAAAUACCCUGCCACUGCUCGCUUUCCUCAACCGAAUUUGGCUUCCACUCGAGCAUCCUUUGCCUCUGGUUCUCCACUUUUGAUAGGAAGAAAUCAUGCAAGGAAAACCGCAUGCAGAGCAAUGCCUGUUUCAAUAAGAUGUGAACAAAGUACCAAGGAAGGGAACAGUUUGGAUGUAUGGCUAGGCCGGCUAGCCAUGAUUGGCUUUGCCGUAGCCAUCACUGCUGAAAUUUCUACUGGAAAGGGGCUCCUAGAGAACUUUGGAGUCACAACUCCACUGCCUACAGUUGCCCUCGCAGUAACGGCCUUGGUGGGUGUCUUGACUGCAGUUUUUAUCUUCCAGUCGGCAUCUAAGAACUGACCAGUAUUUAUUGUAAAUUCUGUAAUUCCGAGGUUUCAUGUCUCAAGAUAAAAUCUCAUCAUUUUUGGUUGUAAUAUUUGUUUUGGUGAAAAGAAUUGGCAUCAAGGAAGAAUUAUGUAAUGCCUCACCUUUCCCUGUUGCCUUUAUCCAAGCCAAUCUUUGUUCU